GUGUCCAUUCAGCUGCCUGGCCUUCUCAGUGUUCCCAGUAAUAAUAAAAAUGGCUUYGAUGAGGCAGACGUCAUGUUCCACAGAGCCGACCGCUCAGAGAAGGAUGCUGUAGUUUUGUCYGUUAUCGAGGCUGCUGCUCUGGGUUACUACGUCUCUCUGCAGACGUCCCGACUCACGCUCCGCUCUUUCUACUCGUCUCGGCUGUCGUUCUCUGUCAAGGUAAAAAAUGUGGACGUGGAGAUUUUACUUGUCUCUGUCCUGCUGAGACUCCAGGACAGUGUGCUGGCUGUUGACGCMUCUGUGGGCUGUUCUCUCAAUGAGGCCACGGCAGACGGCUCCGACCUGCUGUGGGUUGUCCCGUCCCUUCCUCCUCCGCUGGUGGACGGGCCGUUCAGAGACGGAGGCGUGAGGGUCGGGGUGAACGGUCAGGCUCUGAGCGAAGCCGACAUUAAACAGGGGGGAUACAGGAUUGAGCUGCAGGAGGGCCGAGUGGAGGUCCGGGUUCCUGCAGGAGCUCCCGGUGGACACGUCAAGAGCAGCGUAGUGAGGGGUCAGUACAGUCAGUCCAUGUUGGUGGAYUUCUUCUUCAUGAGGCAGUGGGAGGACCAACGAUGGCCCCUCACACAGCAUCGCUCCUUUAGGCUCCUAAAGACUCCUCCCGUCCCUCAAAACCUCAUCCUGACCCACAAUCCAGACUCCUCCAGCGAUCUGCUGUCAGUCACUCUGGGCUUCUUCACACCAGAYGUUCGCCUCCAGAAGGUCACGGUUGACGGCGGCGGUGACCUUUUAACCUGGACUCAGAACCACAGCGACGCAGGCCUGGCGGUGUCCAGGUUCUCCCUCCCCAACGGCAGCUCCUGCUUCCAGCUCAACGUCUCGUUAUCGAACCCUAAAAUCAUCCCAGAGCGUAUAGGUGGGGGGCACAAGACGUACGGCUUCACCUUCAUCUUCACGUUGUCCAUCUCACCUGGUGGAGACGUGUUUUACCAUCACGCCUCGGUGAAGCAGCAGGUCCUACAUUCAGAUCGAAGUUCCCCCAGGYUGGAGGGGAAGUGCACAGAGAGCAGCCUGCUGGUGUUGCUGCACCACGGGGACAACCGUGACCUCCAGUGGGAGCUCUUCCUCGGAGCCCGCAAGCUGGACUGGGACCUGGUGAAGAUAGGUGGCUUCAACGUGGAGGCAGAGGAGGACUACCUGACUGUGAGGAUUCCUUUCCACAGCCCCGGGAUAACCUUUGAGAAGCUGUCACUGCAGGGUCUCGUCGCUGGAAUAAACGCAUCUCUUGUGGACGCAGAGUCUCUGAAAGAACAAGACCGCCUCGUCCAUAAAUGCACCUUUCCUGCUCAAGAACUUCUGGUUUGUUUGCCUGAGGGGAGGAUGGUUGCCAUAGUUGACACCACCCAUACGGUCCCGCCCAUUCCGCCCAACAAAACCACUCUGCUGGAUCCCAACUGCGGUCCCAGGGAGACGGACAGCGCCAGGGCUCUGUUCAUCUUCAGCCUCACCUCCUGCGGGACCACCGUCACGGUCGAGGAAAACCACCUGGUUUAUGAAAACCAAAUCCGGUCCAGUCAGGACUUAGUCYCGUUGGAGGAUCCUGUCAUACACAGAGAUGCUCCAUACAGGCUGACCAUCCAGUGCCGCUACCUGACAAACAAGAUGAGUAUUUCUGCCAUCCAGCAUCAAACCAACGCCUCGUGAAGCUGCCAGCAAAAGUGUUUGUGUAAAACUCUGAUUUAAUGAAAGUAUUAAAUUUACAUCAGUUUGGUUUUGGAUUUGUGGUACCUCGAUAAAAAAAUCUGUGUUGAGAAAGAUAAAAAAAUAGGAAGUCUUUGUUUAAGAAAUUCUGCUCUGAACAUUCUGACUUUCUUUGAGUUUGUAUUUUCUGCAUGACAUCACUUUUUGUACGUUUAAAUCAGCUUUAAAGAGAAGCACCAACAUAAGACACUGCUCCAAAAUAAUCUGUUUUCCUCUAAUAAUGAUCUAAAACACCAGAAAACAUUCAUGUAAACAUGUUUAUGUAACGCUCACACAUAAGAGCACGUUAAUAGAUUUUCCUUAUUUAUUUAUCUUUAAACUAGUUUUAGUUUUGUCCUGUGUCAUUGCUGCACAUAUUUAACUCAUUUUAUUAAAUUAGUAACAUUAUUUUAAAUGAGUGAAGUGGCAGACGAACUUGUUAAAUGCUUAAAUGAAAAAAAGAUUUUUAGUUCUACUCAGCUUUUYAUCAUAUGUUUUUAUGAAUUAUCAACCAAUUCUAUUGCUAAUGCAACAAACUUGAGUUCUGUUUAUUAAAAUGGAUAGAGAAUAUUUUAAAGAAUGAAAUAUAAACUCUUAUUUUCAGUCACUUCAUUGUGAAUUAAUUUUGUCAUAUUAUUUGAUCUGACGUUUCACACAAACCUGUGAAAUAAAUAUAAUAAAUGA